AGAGAUCAGUUAUUCAUGUGGGACAGAGGGCUGGAGGGACGUGGAGUUUAUUAUGGCAUGCGUGCGAAGGAGAACGGCAGGAUGGUUACUGCAUGCUCAGGGGAGAAGAGGCGAAGGAAGGGCUACCACCUCCAGUCCACGCCUGACGGUGAGAAUGAAGACGAUACUUCCAUGACCUCCUUCGGUGUUACAGUCCGUGGCCUCCCCCUGGCCUUGGCAUCCAUGACACAAGUGGCCACCUCAGACUCACGCUUUCAUCCAAAAUGGCGGGCGAUCACUGUGGCGACGCUGCUAGCUUUAGUGCUCAUAUUAUAUCUGCACCGGACAGUAGGGGACAGAGACACUCCUACCAGAGGUUUCUACCGCAACAGGGCUCACAGUUUGCAACUGUACAGUGAGGGCGAGCAUGAUGUCUUCAGGGACACUAACAGACAAACUGUACAGAGCCUUGCGCACCGUCAGAAAAGGGAAAAACCUUACAAUGACACUUACCCGUUGAGUCCACCAGAGAAGACAAAGAACGGCAUCCGCUACCGUAUAGGAGUGAUUGCAGACCUAGACACAGCUUCACGUAGCUUUAAGGAUCAGACGUGGUUCAGUUACAUGAAAAGAGGUUAUGUGACUGUUUCAGAGAGCGCCGACAGACUGGAGGUGGAGUGGGAUGCAGAGACUGUCACCCUGGAGAGCCACCUGGCUGAGAAAGGACGGGGCAUGGAGCUGUCAGAGCUUGUGGCCUUCAAUGGUCACCUGUACAGCGUCGAUGACCGGACAGGUGUAGUGUACAGGAUUGAGGGCAACCAGGCUGUCCCCUGGGUUAUAUUACCUGACGGUGAUGGCUCAGUCUCCAAAGGGUUCAAGGCAGAGUGGCUGGCCGUGAAGGAUGAGCACCUGUACGUUGGCGGUCUGGGGAAGGAGUGGACGACGACCUCUGGGGAAGUCGUCAACAACAACCCAGAGUGGGUUAAAGUUGUCGGCUACCAUGGCGAUGUGGAGCAUGAGAACUGGGUGCCAUACUACAACGCCCUGCGGAGUGCAGCAGGAAUCCAACCACCAGGCUACCUUAUCCAUGAAUCAGCGGCUUGGAGCGAGCGUCUCCAGCGCUGGUUUUUCCUCCCUCGCCGUGCCAGUCACGAGCACUACGAAGAGACUGCGGACGAGCGGCGUGCCACCAACCUCCUCUUGUCCUGCCCCACAGACUUCAGCUACAUAUCCGUGCAGCAUGUCGGACCACUCAACCCCACCCAUGGCUUCUCCUCUUUUAAAUUUGUUCCAGAUACGGACGAUCAGAUCAUCCUAGCCCUGAAAUCAGAGGAGGACGCAGGCAGGAUCGCCACCUACAUAAUCGCAUUUACACUCGACGGUCAGGUGCUGAUGCCUGAGACAAAGAUUGGGGAUGUGAAGUACGAGGGGCUGGAGUUUAUCUAAAAAUGACAAGGCUAAGGGCGCACAUGUUCCUGAGGACAAACUCUGCAGGGGUCCUCCAUCAUUCAGUUGAUUAAGUAGAAUUUAUACAUAUAUGCAACACUGUUGUUUAAAGUCUGUAAGUAUUACAUUCCUUUCUACUGUGCAAUAAUACCGUAUGACCAAACUCUAUAUUUCAUAAAUCUAUUGAAAUUAUGACUGAGAGGCACAUGAGUGGAUACAAGUGCAGGAGAAAGCCGCACCAUCAGGGGAGCACAAUUAAGUCUCACCAACUACAGACUUGUGUGUGACUGAUGCAGACAAGCAGUGACUGGCUACACAAAUCAGUCACACACUCCAUUUGUCAAUAGUCAGUCAUCACCUAAGAUUUUAUCAUGUUUUAAAGCCUUAACUACCUUAUAUCAGUGCUGGUAGAACUAUAUUGUUUGAACCUUGAGUUAAACAUCCUGGUUUGAUUGGACACUACUGAUAUCCCAGAGGAGUCUGGGUAAAAAAGGUUUGCUGAUUAGUAGCUGUAGGUCUGUCAAACAUCAGGUUAAGGUGGACCUCCUCUUGCAGCCAAUCUCUGCUGGUCAGUCACUCAGGGGAACAAGGUGAACAGCGUCGCAUAUUUAAAAAAAUAGAAAUGAAUGUCUUUAAAUGACUUGAAAUAUUGAUCUUACUCAUCGCUUUUUGUGUUUUAUUUUACCUGUUUAGACACACUGAAGUUUAAUGGAUCCUGUCAUGGUCACUUGAUGCGUAGCAGCUUCUGCUCUGUAAACAUGAUAAUGUUAUUCUGGGUAGGACCAGUUUAAAUUUUGGCUCACAUAUGUUAAUAAACUGAUUAUCAUUAGCUUCUCAAGCCAGAGUGAAACACCAGCGAUUUCAUUUAAAGAUGAAUUAUUAAUAUAUUCCUUUUGUAUCCUCUCAUAAUACAAAUAAUUAAAAUAACUUUUCUUUAAA